CGGGAGCUGAUUCUCGCAGCAAACUUUUCUACUCGCUUCUCCUCCCAACUGCAGUGACGGAGUCAGACUGAAAGGAGUUUGAAGGACUCCCAAAUAUUUCUGCCUUGAAGCCCAGGUCCAGAUCCAGCUGCCAUCAUGUCGAGCAAACGUGCCAAGGGGAAGACCACCAAGAAGCGUCCUCAGAGGGCGACCUCCAAUGUCUUUGCUAUGUUUGACCAGUCUCAGAUCCAGGAGUUCAAAGAGGCGUUCAACAUGAUUGACCAGAACAGAGAUGGCUUCAUCGACAAGGAGGACCUGCACGACAUGCUGGCCUCUCUGGGUAAGAACCCCUCUGACGAAUACCUGGAGGGAAUGAUGAGCGAAGCACCAGGGCCCAUUAAUUUUACCAUGUUCCUCACCAUGUUUGGAGAAAGGCUCAAUGGAACAGACCCAGAAGACGUCAUCCGCAACGCCUUUGCCUGUUUCGAUGAGGAGGGAGUUGGUGUGAUCCAUGAAGACCAUCUGAGAGAACUCCUGACCACCAUGGGCGACCGCUUCACAGAUGAAGAGGUGGACGAGCUCUUCCGGGAGGCUCCCAUCGACAAGAAGGGCAACUUCAACUACGCAGAAUUCACCCGCAUCCUCAAACACGGGGCCAAAGACAAGGAUGAUGAGUAGAGGGAAAAAAGACAACUGCAUCAGCCCUCCUGCACACAUGCUGCACUACAGAUCUGACCCCGGCUUUUCUUUUCUUUUUUGAGUCUUGUACAAUGAAGAAACCUAAACAGGAAACCUGUAUUAGUUUUUGAGACUGUAGCAGGUUAAAAGUGAAAUGUUCCAUUUAUUGGGAUCCGCGUAGUAAAUUAAAGGUACAGACUUAUUCUUCAGAGCUACACACUACAAGUACAACUCAGUUAUCAUUUUAAGAUUUAAACACAGCACAUUGGACACCAGGCUACUGCAGCAUCACCCGCCUGUUUCGGGGAAGCUGGUUGGAUUUUGGAAAUGCACUAAGCAUCAGUGUGCAUGUGUGUGUGGGGGGGCUGUUUGGACCUAAGUGCUGCAUACAGUACCAGCCAUGUUUACCUCUUCCUGCCAGUUAGCUACCACACGUGUAUACUGCAACGGGCUCUUUUCUCUGUAACAAAUCUAUCCUUGUGUUGAAAAAGAGAAAUCAAUCUGUUUACUGUUUAUUGUUUAUUUGACAAUCAAAAGAGGUUUUUUUCUGGCCUGUUGUUUAAUAGAAUUGGCUGUCCAGACAUCUUCCAUAAGCUGGUUCAGUGCAUUUUUCGAGGGAUCGGGUGUGUGUGUUGAAGGGAUUCAGUUUUGAAACUGCUCAGGCAAAUAAAGUAAGUGUAGAUUUGUGUUUGCAGUCACUGAACCAUAUCUUCUCCAGAUCAGCGAAAUGUCUGUUUCAUAUUUAAUUUAGAGGCUCAAAGUGCUAUCGGUGCGUCUGCAUGUUCCAGGCCUUAUACUGCACUAAAGGAACUUGGAUGCAUCCACAUUUCUUCUUUUUUUUUUUUUUUUAAAUCAGCUUCAUCAACUCUUGAUUAUUAAACAAAUGUACAUUUCACUGAGAACGCAGCCUUUUUCCUAUCUGAAAGAUAAACACUUGUUUUUAAUAGCAGAAUUGAAUGCUUUACUAACCCCAAAGGGACAUUUAACCAAAGGCAAGUGGGCCGAACCUACUGCAGCAUUGGUGUGGUCUACAUUAAUUAUGCCCACUAUAAAGUUGCUGUUGUAUUUAGUGAAGAAAAGGUGUCAUUAUGAGAUUUUUGACUAUUUACUGCGCAACUCAAAGUUCUGAAAUUGUCAAUAUUUUAUGCACUUACCUAUAAAAUUAUUUUUUGCUAAAGCAACAAUCAUAUUAAAGGUUGGAAUAUUAACACUCA